CUGAUGAAAUAGUUGAAGACACAGGUUAGCUGUCUGCUCGGUCGUCUCUUUCGCUGCCAGCAACGGUAAACCGAUAACUUUGAUGUUAAAUUGGUAGCUGUACAUUUCGAAGCCAUCAAUUGACUGCGAGAUUCUAUCGCAAGUAUCAGAAAUUACAUUUAGCCUUGAGCUUAAACGCUUCAGUUCUUUCGAUGCGUACUUUUUAAACGCUUCAAAAUCAUCGCAUUGAGCUGAAACAAACUCAACUGAUCGUUCUUUGCCCACAGUGUCGCCGCCAUGUUCGAUGCCAGCAUCAUGAUUGAUUUCUUCACGUCGAUGUCCAAUUUCCUCAGUCAAUUUAUCCAGUUGCUUCUUGAGAUCUUCAAUUUCAUUCCUUAACUGCUGAUUUUCUUUUUUUAGUUGGUUUCCUUUACCAGCCAUAAUUAGGGAAACUUAAUAGAAUAAAAUCACACAGAGCGAGAAAUAUGCGUCCGCUCAGCUCAGCGUCCGCUCGACCGUAGCCAGGCUCUAAUCGGAAAAUUUAGACCCAGGGACGUGGAUCUAGGACUUCUGGAUCCCACAGACUCAAUUCAGAAGAUUUUUUGUUUUUCCAUUGUAAAUUUAGCUGAAAUUCUGAUUGGCUUCGCUUUCGUUGCCAUGGUAACGGAAGCGCAAAAUACUAGAGACCUUUAUUUAUGUGGAUUUUUUUGAUAAAAACGUUCUUUGUUGGGUAAAAGAAUAUUAUAUCCUAAAAAUAGAUAAACGUAAGUGACCUUUAGGGGCAUAAAAAAAUUUUUACAUUUCUUUUGGGAAUUUUUGGAUUUUUUGACCAGAAUGCUCCCUUAAAUUGUGAAUUCUGACACCUUUUGUUAUUUUGGUAAGGAACGAAAAUGCUACAAUUGGAAUAAAUUCAUGUGUGGCUCUUAAAAGAGAGGUUUUGAGAAUUUUUUCGAUUUUGCAUAGUUAAAAUGCCAUGACUAACAUCCAAAUCUUCCUUUGAGCAAAAUAUUUGUAGUCCUUUUAAAACAUGAUCACGUACAAGGUUAUGCUAGAGUAGUCCAAGUCACUAAUACAUUAUGGUGGCAAUUAAAUUCCUGAUCGUGUCUGGUUACUACGAUGAGUUAUAAACAUGACUGGUUCAUAGAUGCCCCUUCUGGUUGCUUGAAGCUAGUGUUCACCAAAAUUUAUGACUUGAAAAUGACAACGGCGUGGGUCGCGUUGAAAGGCAUUUGAUCACAUGGUACGACCAUAGCAGGGCACGCCUCAUCCAGGACACAAAAAUUAAUCCAAUUGGCUAUGACCGCAGGUCGGUCGCGCGCAAUAGACGUAUAACUGAGACAUCAGUGGGAAGGAAGUUACUUCAUGUGUUUACAAUUCAAGUGAAUUACAGCGAGCAUGCUGCACUUACCUCUUGUACUUGCUGCUUUUAUGUAGGCCUAUUUCAAUUUCAUAAAUUUCCAGCUUCAAAUGAUUGCUUAUACACUUCAAAACAUUCGAUGGAGGAGAUUGAUCGCCUUAGCAUUUUACAGGAGAGUCCUCGGAAGACUUAACGAAGGAUUCGCAGAAGGCUUUGGCGUUUACUUCGUCCUAUAAACUCGUGGUUUGAAGUUCAUUUCUACGAUCCUUCUUUACCAGAUGAUUACUUUGAACAACAGCUUCAUGUGAGAAGACCAACCUUCCAGGCACUCUUACGAGACAAGCCUAGGCAUGAUUGUAUCACGCCAGAAAAAGUGCUGGCGAUAGGACUUUAAAAGACAAUUACGUGGGAACUCGUACGUAUAUAUUGGCCCAGCGAUGAUUGUGGGAAAAGCAAUGUGGUUGAAGCCGUGCAGGAUGUUGUUAAUGCCUCAUCUGAUGCAAGAAGUCAGUACAUUAAGUUCCUAAGAACAGCCGCAGAAACUGCUGCCCUUAUUCAAACAUUUUGGGACAACACCCAAUCAGAAUUGGUAAAUGUUGCGGGUGCAAUCGAUGGUACUCACACAAGUCGUAGCACCAAAGGAAAAUGCUAUCAAUUACUUCAGUCUUUAUUAACAUGUUAUGAUUGUUCAAGGAGUUGUUGACAGUAAAGGCAAAUUUAUAGAUGCAGUUUGUGGUUUCCCUGGCAGUGCUCACGAUGCUAGGGUGCUGCGAAAUAGCAACCUAUAUGACAAAGCUGAAAGAGGAGCCAUACUUCAAGAACCCUGUGUUAACCCCUAGGGGACUGAGGGGGUGGGGGUUUUUUGACUCAAUUGGUGACAUGACAUUACUAAUUAGGCCACCAAUUUUUUUUAAUAUGGCAGAAAACAAUAAAACUAACAUUUUUAGAAAGAGGAGAUUUUGUACUUUCAUUUGGUGCAAUGAACUAAUACAUGUGUCUUACAGAAAAAAUAUGAAAAAUCCAGAAAGGUAAUAAAACAGAUUUUUUCCCCAACCGUCCUCAAAUUAGAGAACAGAACUGAAGUGAAAAUUUUGUCAACACAAUAACUGUACACAAAAUCAAAUUCUAUAUACACAGAACACUUUUCCUAGCACAAAAUAAAACACUACUGUUCUUCUGUUAACCAUAUUUAGUUGCAAACUUGAUGUCAGUCAGUAGUCUCAAAAUCAUUUUAGUGUUCACUUGAAUCAACCUGAAACCUGGAUAAGUAAAUUAAUGUUUUGAUCAAAGGAAACAUAAAAUCAUCUUGAUCUCCUUUGAAGUGGUCUGCCUGGACCAUUUCUUGGUCUGCCAUGACUGUCUUUGAGUCUCUUGGGACCAUUUCUACUGGGGUCAUCAAAAAGAUAAGUCUGCAGUGUGUGGUAGCGCUCAAAGCAAGGUGCUGGACACAUACGCACUUGGCAAACUGAGCACUCAUAGACUGUUUCCACUCGUUGAAUAUGUAUUUUACAGUUUCUGUGAGUAUCAGUUGCCACAGGAUGGUGAAACUGCUGGCGGUCAAAGCGGACAUCCUGUACUGCUACAUUGCCUCCAGAAAAGUUGUUCCGUCGAAAAGAAUUUCCUCCUAUCAGUUCCCGCACAAGAUUCUCUUUGAAUUUGACAAUGGUGACUCUAGGAUGGCCAGCUCUUCUAUACAUGAUGUGGGCAUUCAACACAGCAACUUCAAGCAUAUGAAAGAAAAUUUUGUAAUACCAAAUAUUUCCUUUCAUAAGCCUGCAGCAAGUUGCUAUGCGUUGAUCACCCAAAUCAACUCCUCCCAUAUGGGAGUUGUACAGUUUAAUCAACUGUGGCUGUGCAAUGUUCUGCCUUUGCCAUUGUCCUCGUGUUUUCACCCUUCUCUCUAUCUGUCCAAUUCCCAAACCCUCAGGGAGAGUUGAGAGUAAAUGUACCAGCUUUCGGUCCUUCCAUGUCACACAGAUGAGGUUGCCACUUUGAGGGAAAAGUGAUUCUCCCCUGACAAGGCUUUUGACCUGCUCGCAUUGCUGGUCAACAAUGUCCUGAGGUAGGUACUUUCUAUUUCCCCUCACUGUUCCACAGGCUCUAAUUCCCUUUUUUUCCAGUUCUAGAAAGAGAGGUACACUGGUAUACCAGUUGUCAACAAACUAUUUGUAACCUUUGUUGAAAUAAGGCUCUGUUAGCUUUAGAACAACUUGCUUAGCCAAAUCCUUGCUUGCUGCUGGACCCUCUUUUCCAGUGUAAAUAGAAGUACCAAGUACAUAGCCAGAUGCUGAAUCUGCUAUAACAAAACCUUUGAUCCCAAAUCUGCUUCUCUUCAAAGGCAAAAAUUGUCUGAAGUGAACACGGCCCUUGAAUUUGAUCAGUCUCAUCAACAGAUAAAUUCUGAGAAGGCGCAUAUACAGCUGUAAAUCUAGGCACAAGAGCAUCUAAAAAUGGUCUAAUUUUCCACAGUUUAUCCCUGUUGGGAUCUGUCUGGUCUGGGGCAUUGCAAUUAUUUACAAAGUGGGAGAUAUCUCAGAAUGUGAAGGUAGCGGUCUCUUGACAUGGUGCUAGAAAACAGUGGAGUUUUGGUGACCAAAUCAGUUGACUAGUAAGCUUUCAAAUUGCUUUUUUUGACAAGACCCAUUGCCAAUGUGAGCCCAAGCCAAGCCUUCAGCUCCGGAAGGGUAAAAUCGUGGAGAUCACCCAGGGAAUUGUCCUCAAGCUGCCGUUUUUGACGCUCAAACCGUUUGGUCUUGUGAAUAAUCAGCUGAUAAACAUCGUGAGUAAACAGAAGUUGGAAGUAAUCUAAACAAUUACUGUCAUUGUCCAUUUCUACCCUCAUACCAACCUCUUCGUGAAAAUUUAUGCCUUCUAGGGGUUGUAUAGUAGAUGUCCAUCUCAUAUUGGAGUAGUUUUGCUCCUCGUCAUCGCUGCGAUCACAGUUUAGUUUACGUUUUUCGUAAAGUUUCCAUUGAAUUGACAACGAAUAAGCAUACUACCUUGAGAUAUAGGAAAUUUAAGAAUUUUAACUCUGAUCACUUUCGUAACGAUAUAGGUCAACAGGAUUGGAGUAGCAUCAAAAGCUAUUCUGAUCCUAAUUUAAUGUGGGCUGUAUGGAAACAGCUAUUCCUGGAAUGUGUAAACAAGCAUGCCCCACUUCAUGUAAAACGGGCACGUGCCUCAAAGUCACCUUGGAUUACACCUUACUUAAAGAAAUGAAUGCAUGACAGAGAUAUUCUUAAAUUGAAAGCAUCGCGUUCUAAGGAUGCUAAUGACUGGCUACAAUUUAAAAAAAUGUCGCAACCUAGUUAAUAACGAAAUAAAAAAAGCAAAAGAGCUCUAUUAUAUAACAGCAUUAGAUGAAAAUGAAGGCAAUUCGCGCCAGACCUGGAGGAUUGUAAAUGAGCUCAUGUCGGUGAAAACUAAUAACUGUUCCAUAAAAGAAAUCAAAAGCAAUGGCAACUCUAUUUACAGCCCUCCUGAGCUGGCUGAUGCCUUCAACAAUCACUUUUCUUCUAUUGGACCCAAGCUUGAUAGCCAGAUUUAUUCUAAUAAUGGUCCAUCACACCUACAUUACCUUGAGGGAACUGACAAACGGUUUCAGUUAAAAUGUAUUAAUCCUUCUAAAGUGUUCUCACUUUUGUCUAAGCUUUGUAAAUUGAAA